UCGCAUUCCUCCCUCACAGCAUCACAUGCCCAUGGCUCCUCCUCUUCCUCUUCCUCCUCCCCCACCUCUUCCCAUCAUCACACAUUACAGUGUAAUGUCCUACUGAACCACCAGGGGGCCCUAGAUAUAGGGAUAAGUGUCCUACAUAGGGUUGCAAAAUUGCUGAAUAUUUUUAUAAAUUCCCUCGUUUUCCCAAAAUCCCUGUUGGAGGAUUCCCUGAAUCAGGAGGGUAUACGCAGGAAACAUAUAUAUUGUAUGCAUUCUUCAUAUCUUAAAUAAAUCCUACAAAGCCAAGAGUCAAAAUAUUAUUUUAUUACAAAUACAACCUGUGGUCCAACUGGAAACAUAAAGAACAAGAUCAUAUCAGAGAUGUUAUAUCGACUUCACAGCUCGAUUAGAAUGGUUUAACCAUGGUUUCUUGACUGACUCUCACACCUAUUUUGGUUUGGUGUCAGUUUGUCCACCAGAGGGUGACGCACUACUAGAGACCAAUAGGUAGGAUGUGUCAUGGGAUGGGCUGGGCUGCUCAAAACUAAAGGAAACGGUAGCGCUCUGCCACAAGGCUUCAUUAUUUUACAGUCGGCUGGCUGCGCCUGGAGUGUCUGAAAAUGGACUCAUCAAAAGAGUUAGCUGCCUCUGAGAAGGAAAGGAAGCCAGCAGGGGAGGAGAGUGAAGAGCCUUCCAGCGAAUUUCCCAGCACCUCUUCUGGAAUGUCGACCCGGUCUGGAGAGAAGCGUCGUCGUCUGGAGACUGAGAUCUCUCGGCUGAAGAAGGAGAUGAGGUUCAUGAAGAGACCCUUGAUGUUGGAUGUUCCAGCUCUGCUGCUGACCACUCUGGAGGAGCUCACUGAAGAACAGCUGAAGACAUUUCAGUCUCACCUGACUAGUGGCCAGCUGUUUGGCUUUCCUCCCAUCCCAGAGAGACAGCUGGAUAACACUGACAGACAGGACACAGUGGAUCAUAUGGUGAAGAGAUACGGCCCUGAGAGAGCUGUGGAGAUCACACUCUGGAUCCUGAGGGAGAUGAAGCUGAAUGAUCUGGCAGACAAGUUAGAGAGAGAUCACACUAGAGGUAUUCCCACUGCCUCAUACAAGUCCUCUUUCCAACUCAGGCCCAAAUCCUCCUUCGACGUCGCCAUUCUCUCCAACUCCUUCCUCUCCCUUGACUCGUCUCAGACGUUGUCGUUAACUUCUGCUGGUAGUUCAGGACAGCUCAGCUCACAGAGACCCUCAACUACACAUCCUGUUCCAGCUCUGCUACUGCCCACUCUGGAGGAGCUCACUGAAGAACAGCUGAAGACAUUUCAGUCUCACCUGACUAGUGGCCAGCUGUUUGGCUUUCCUCCCAUCCCAGAGAGACAGCUGGAGAACACUGACAGACAGGACACAGUGGAUCAUAUGGUGAAGAGAUACGGCCCUGAGAGAGCUGUGGAGAUCACACUCUGGAUCCUGAGGGAGAUGAAGCUGAAUGAUCUGGCAGACAAGUUAGAGAGAGAUCACACUAGAGGUAUUCCCACUGCCUCAUACAAGUCCUCUUUCCAACUCAGGCCCAAAUCCUCCUUCGACGUCGCCCUUCUCUCCAGCUCCUUCCUCUCCCUUGACUCGUCUCAGACGUUGUCGUUAACUUCUGCUGGUAGUUCAGGACAGCUCAGCUCACAGAGACCCUCAACUACACAUCCUGUUCCAGCUCUGCUACUGCCCACUCUGGAGGAGCUCACUGAAGAACAGCUGAAGACAUUUCAGUCUCACCUGACUAGUGGCCAGCUGUUUGGCUUUCCUCCCAUCCCAGAGAGACAGCUGGAGAACACUGACAGACAGGACACAGUGGAUCAUAUGGUGAAGAGAUACGGCCCUGAGAGAGCUGUGGAGAUCACACUCUGGAUCCUGAGGGAGAUGAAGCUGAAUGAUCUGGCAGACAAGUUAGAGAGAGAUCACACUAGAGGUAUUCCCACUGCCUCAUACAAGUCCUCUUUCCAACUCAGGCCCAAAUCCUCCUUCGACGUCGCCCUUCUCUCCAGCUCCUUCCUCUCCCUUGACUCGUCUCAGACGUUGUCGUUAACUUCUGCUGGUAGUUCAGGACAGCUCAGCUCACAGAGACCCUUCAUGUUGGAUGUUCCAGCUCUGCUGCUGACCACUCUGGAGGAGCUCACUGAAGAACAGCUGAAGACCUUUCAGUCUCACCUGACUAGUGGCCAGCUGUUUGGCUUUCCUCCCAUCCCAGAGAGCCACCUGGAGAACUCUGACAGACAGGACACAGUGGAUCAUAUGGUGAAGAGAUACGGCCCUGAGAGAGCUGUGGGGAUCACACUCUGGAUCCUGAGGGAGAUGAAGCUGAAUGAUCUGGCAGUGAAGUUACAGAGAGAUCACACUAGAGGUAUUCCCACUGCCUCAUACAAGUCCUCUUUCCAACUCAGGCCCAAAUCCUCCUUCGACGACGCCCUUCUCUCCAGCUCCUUCCUCUCCCUUGACUCGUCUCAGAAGUUGUCGUUAACUUCUGCUGGUAGUUCAGGACAGCUCAGCUCACAGGAGGUAGCUGCCUCUGGGAAGGAAAGGAAGCCAGCAGGGGAGGAGAGUGAAGAGACAUACAGCGAACUUCCCAGCACCUCUUCUGUAAUGUCGACCCGGUCUGGAGAGAAGCGUCGUCGUCUGGAGACUGAGAUCUCUCGGCUGAAGAAGGAGAUGAGGUUCAUGAAGGUAACACUAGAGGUCAUGUCUGAGAGGUCAAAUGUCAUCAUGAACAAACCACAUUUUUGUUUUAUUGAUUUUAUUUAACCUUUUAUUUAAACAGUUGGUUUAAGAGCUGUUGUAAUUACAUUUUAGGAACUUUGUAAUGAAUUUACUCCAGACGUCUUGAAUCAUGAGGGCAAC